AUGGGUUUGACACAGAGUUCGGAUGCAUCCGAUGGCACAACGUAUGGAUAUCACGUCCACGGUGUCCAGCCAAAUUCCCCUGCAGAAAAAUGUGGACUGCAACCGUUCUUUGACUUCAUUGUGUCACUCGACCACAAAAGACUGAAUGUAGAAAACGACCAACUGAAGGAGGUACUGAAAGCCAAUAUGGAGAAAGCGGUGAGCAUGGAAGUGUACAGCACCAAGAGCAUGAUGAUACGUGAGCUGGAGGUGACACCCAGCAAUAUGUGGGGCGGACAAGGCUUACUGGGGGCCAGCGUUCGCUUUUGCAGCUUCCAAGGAGCCAAUGAAAAUGUUUGGCACGUCCUGGAUGUGGAACCCAGUUCACCAGCUGCACUUGCAGGUCUCCAUCCGCACACAGACUACAUUGUUGGAGCAGAUCAGGUGUUGCAAGAUUCAGAAGACUUUUUCUCGCUGAUUGAAGCUCAAGAGGGGAAGCCUGUGAAGCUACUGGUGUACAGCGCACUCACGGACGACUGCAGAGAAGUGGUGGUCACACCAAAUGGCGCGUGGGGAGGCGAGGGAAGUUUAGGUUGCGGCAUUGGGUAUGGCUACCUGCAUAGAAUCCCGGCACGUCCUGAUGUACCGACAGUAAAGACCCCCGUUCCCCCUUCCCCUGAGGCGAGGCCGCCUCCAGAACUGCCUAACCACGGCUUCACAGAGGCAUCACUGAUGGCACCUUCAAGCCAAAGUGAAGACAUAUUAGGAGUGAGACAGGUCACCUCUGAGGAUGCCUCUCUCCCUUCUCCCGUACAGAGUGUCUUUGAUGCUGGCUCCUCUAAUUCUGAAGUGGCCAAUAUGAGCCCCGUUCCUGCUGAGUUGUUGGAUAAGCUGGAUCUGUCCAUGUCGUCUGUUGACAUGAACAACACGUCCCUUACGAUGAACUAUGAAAAAGACAACGAGAUCUCCGGUGUUGGUGAGCUUGAUGGAAGUGAACUGCAAUCAUCCAAUCAGAUAGACCCUGAAGAGCUGAACUCCCUAGUCCCCACAGAUUUAGGUUCUGCAGUCAUCACCAGUCAAUCUGAUUCUUGCAUUUUAGCGGAAGAGCCAUCUUACCUCAGCUCCACUCACAAGCCAGACUCACUCUGUGAGUCAAGUCAUAGCCCUAGUCCACCACUAGGCACAUUGUCUCCCCAGAUAGACCCACAGGAGCUGCACAGUGAACAACUUCCUUGUCCCCCUGCUACUGACGUUCUCCCAUUGGAUUGCCAUGUGGAUGAUUCACCUACUCAGGAAACUGAAGAUCAAUGCAAAGAUGAGACUCAUGUGCAUCACUGUACGCAUGGGGACACGGCGACUCAAGCAUAA